UCGGAAGCAUGGCCAUUGCGACUCUGCUCCGAAACUGACGAGUUAACUCAGCUUGCUAAUUGGCUUGACUCAGAAUCGAAGGAACACGAGUCAUGCAAUUCCUCUCAAACUCUCGUAGACUCGUUAGUUCUCGUUGAAGCCGAUGUGAGAUUCCUCUCCUCUGCUUCUCAAAUCCUCGAUUCUAUACAAUGGCAGAGCCAUGUGUCGUCUUCGUCAAUCGUACAACCGGGAAUGGAUGGAUGCAGUCACUUGCACUCGCAAAUGCCUACUAUGGGCUUUUGAUGAUAUCCAGAGGUUUUCUGCUAGAAAAUAAACCCGAAGCUGCUGCUGCCGUCAUUCAGGUUACUUGCCAGGCAUUCCCUGAUACAAAGAAGUCAGGGCUUGCAGCUGAUAAACGAGUGUCCUGUACGUGGAUGUUAUCAACCGACAAAAUGAGGAAGACAAGAAGAAGGCCGUAGCUGCUUCAACUGAAAUCCAGCAUUCCUUCCAUGGUUGAUGAGUUGUUGCCGAACUCGGGUUUAGACGUAAACGUGGAUUUGGAUGAGUUAAAGAAGAAUGAAACUCUUCUUAGCUGAUGAUGAUGAUGAUGAUGCAAUCCAAUCAACAAGGAAAACUAUUACUGUCCAUAUUCAUUUCAAUAAUUUGAGCUUCUGUUCUUUUAUAUAAAAAUCAAUU